CUCACCAUGUGGCAGAAAUUAAAAUUAUUCUACCAAGGAAUUUUAAGAAAUGGAGACAAGAGGACAGACGAUUGGCUGCUGGUCUACUCUCCUGUGCCAAUCAGCUGUAUCUUCCUGUGCUACCUGGUCAUCAUAUGGGUGGGGCCAAAGCUGAUGGACAAGAGGCAGCCAGUCAAUCUUAAACCUGUCCUGAUAGUUUACAACUUUGCCAUGGUCUGCCUGUCGGCAUACAUGUUCUAUGAGUUUACAGCCUCUUCCUGGUUGGCCAGAUACAGUGUGCUGUGCCAGCCGGUCGACUACAGUGACAGCCCACUGGCCAUGAGGAUGGCCAGCGUGUGCUGGUGGUUUUACUUCUCCAAAGUGAUAGAGCUCAGUGACACUAUAUUUUUCAUCCUGAGGAAGAAGAACAGUCAGCUGACAUUUCUCCAUGUCUACCAUCAUGCCACCAUGAUCUUCAACUGGUGGGCUGGGGUGAAAUAUGUGGCUGGUGGCCAGUCUUUCCUGAUUGGUCUGAUCAACUCCCUGGUCCAUGUAGUGAUGUAUCUGUACUACGGCCUGGCAGCUUUAGGACCGAGCGUGUCCAAAUACCUUUGGUGGAAGCGUUACCUCACCUCCCUGCAGCUGGUCAGUAUAUGCCUCUUUACCAUCCACACCACCUACAACCUGUUUGCUGACUGUGACUUCCCUGACUCCAUGAACAUGGUUGUGUUUGCCUACUCUCUCAGCCUCAUCGCUCUCUUCAGCAACUUCUACUAUCACAGCUACCUCGCCAAGAAUAAGACCAAGAAGACAUAGGGAAGAAGACAGAGGGGAAUUUAUGAGAGAGAAGAGAUGAAACAAAUUGGAAACAUCAUCGUCGGCGCUGCUCAGUCGUCUUCAUUUCUCACAGUCUUCACAUAUGCAUCGAAAAAUGUCUGUCGAAAGG